AUGACAAGUUAUCACAAUGCCCUUGCUGUACAGCUCAAUGGCUGGUUGAUUAUGGAGGCUGUGAACAUGAUGACCUUCACAAUUCAGCAGGAGUUCCGAGGCCAGACAGGGAGAGAUGCCCAGGAGGGUCUCACAGCCUUCCUUGAGAGAAGCACCAAGGCCCUCUAUGAGCUUUUCCGUAUGAAGUCAUCAUCAAAACAAAAGGAAAAACAAAUAUUGGAAGCCGCCGAGAACUGCCCAGAAGAGGGUAAAAUUCGUGAAAUUUCGGUGGCAAAACGGGCCACUGUUUCAUCCGCCGGUGACGCUGUCGGCAAGCAGCCUCUUGGAACCCCUAUUGUUCCUGAGGCCUACAUCAAAGCUCACAAAUGGCAGAGAGACCUCAGCAUCAAAAGUCUCGAUUUACCGCAAAUGGCCUUCGGCAGUGGACCGAACUGUAGUCAGCAGUUCAUCGACCUGGGCUGCGGGACAGGCGACUUCACGCGCCAGGAGCUGCUGCCACGCUGCCAACCCUGCGGCGUGAUAGUGGCCAUUGACGUGUCCCCGAGAAUGGUGAAGUAUGCCAAGGAGAACUUCGCACACCCGCAGAUCGCGUACGAGGUACACGACAUUGAAAGCGACGUCUCGGGGCUCCUCAAGAAGUACGGCAAGUUUGAGCGCGUCUACUCUUUCUUCGCCCUGAACUGGGCGGAGGACCUCAGAGCUGCCCUAAGAAAUGUGGCAGCAUUGAUGACCGACGAUGGGGAGUGUUUGCUAGUUUUCCCGGCUCGUAUCGCUUUCUUCGUGGUGUGGAGGAAAAUUGUGGAGCUGGAUCGAUGGAAGCCGUACAAAGGAGUUAUUGAGCGCUAUAUUCCCCCAAGCCAUGACAUCGAAGACAGGUCGGCCCUUGCUCCAUACAUGCUUGACAUCCUUGAAAGUGCCAACCUCAAGCCACGCACAUGCGAGGUGAUGACCCAAGACAUAAUUCACAGGGGUGUGGACGAAUUCAUCCAAACUCAACUCGGUGCAGAUCCCAUUGCACCAUUCCUGUCCAAAGAAUCGAAGACGCUGUAUGAGACUGACCUGGCGGAGAUUAUCCGGAAGAUGUGGAGUGAAAAACCGGCCGGGGAUCCAUAUUAUCGCCAGGACAUUUUCUUAGUUCAGGCAAGCAAAUAUUAA